AAAGCGCCGCCCGGAAGCGGAAACCAGCCCGCGGCCCGCGCGGGCGGGAGCCGCUAGAGGAAUGACUUCCGUUUGUGGGAAACUGCUCCUCCCAUUUCCUUCACCUUCCUUCUUUGGGAUUGGUUCCUGACACUCAGGCCCCGCCUCCUCCGCUACGCCCCUCGCGGCCGCUUUUCCCGCCUCCGCCAGGGCCGAGCUGGGAGCCCGGGUGACAGUUGAGGAUGGCUGGUGCUGAGGGGAACGCUGGACGGCAGUCGGAGCUGGAGCCUGUGGUGUCGCUGGUCGACGUACUUGAGGAGGACGAGGAGCUGGAGAACGAGGCGUGCGCCGUCCUGGGCGGCAGCGACUCCGAGAAGUGCUCCUACUCGCAGGGCUCAGUAAAGAGACAGGCGCUCUAUGCCUGUAGUACCUGUACCCCAGAGGGAGAAGAACCAGCAGGAAUUUGUCUAGCUUGCAGUUAUGAAUGUCAUGGUAGUCAUAAACUAUUUGAGCUGUACACAAAAAGAAAUUUUCGUUGCGAUUGUGGAAACAGCAAGUUUAAAAAUUUGGAAUGCAAAUUAUUUCCUGACAAAGCAAAGGUAAAUUCUUGUAAUAAGUACAAUGACAACUUUUUUGGAUUAUACUGCAUUUGCAAGAGACCUUAUCCUGAUCCUGAAGAUGAGGUUCCAGAUGAGAUGAUCCAGUGUGUAGUCUGUGAAGACUGGUUUCAUGGAAGGCAUCUUGGUGCCAUUCCCCCUGAGAGUGGGGAUUUCCAAGAGAUGGUGUGCCAGGCUUGUAUGAAACGUUGUUCUUUCCUGUGGGCUUAUGCUGCACAGUUGGCAGUAAGUAAAAUAUCUGCUGAGGAUGAUGGUUUAAUGCUAAAUGUUGAUGGAGUAGGUGAUCAGGAAGUUAUCAAACCUGGAAAUGGAGAUCACCAAGAUAGUACCCUCAAAGAGGAGGUUCCAGAACCUGGAAAGGAUGCUGUCAAAGAUCCUAAGGCAGAGCAGAAAAAUGAACCAUGUACCAGCUCUACUUCUGAAUGUGAUCUCCAGACAGUGGUUAAGAAUCAAAGCCUCAACUCAGAAUCACAAUCUGGCUGCAAACUUCAGGAGCUUAAAGCUAAGCAGUUUAUAAAGAGAGAUGCUGCCACCUAUUGGCCUUUGAACUGGCGUAGCAAGUUGUGCACCUGCCAAGAUUGUAUGAAAAUGUAUGGAGAUCUAGAUGUCCUGUUCCUGACAGAUGAAUAUGACACAGUUUUGGCCUAUGAAAACAAAGGCAAGAUUGACCAGGCAACUGAUAGGAGGGACCCUUUAAUGGAUACCCUUAACAGCAUGAACAGAGUCCAGCAAGUGGAACUCAUUUGUGAAUACAAUGACUUGAAGACUGAACUGAAAGAUUACCUGAAGAGAUUUGCUGAUGAAGGCACGGUUGUUAAGAGAGAGGACAUUCAGCAGUUCUUUGAAGAAUUUCAGUCAAAAAAGAGAAGAAGAGUGGAAGGAAUGCAGUAUUAUUGCAGCUAGAGUGGAGUCAGAGCUUUCUCAUUCAG